CAACCAGUUUAGUGGUGGCGGUAAUGCACUAAAACAGUCUGCCAGCCGCCAUUAAACCAAAAGAAGAAGAAGAAGGAAGUCGAUGCUUCUCCGCCUGACUAAAUAAGACUUCAACUUAGGAUGACCGAUUCUUCACUUCUCAACUCUGACCUGGAAUUACAGCACCAAGAAGAGAUAUAUCAGCAACUWCUUUUACAGACAAUGGGGAAGCUGCAAACUGAAACUCCAGACUCCAAAGUAAUCCGACCUCAACCUGGCAUGUGUGUGAAAACCUUUUCUGAGCCUUCCAAGGACAAAGUUUUCAUUAAUAUCUGUCAGUCAAACUUGGUGCCUCCCCCGCCAGAACUCACAAAGGAUGAACUUGUGCAGCUGCUCCAGUCAGAGGAUCCAAGUGGCUACAGAGUUCCAAUGAGCCUUGGCGAGCCUCAUACUGAAGUCGACAACAACUCUCAGGGCUGUAUAGCUUAUGAUGUGGUCAUCAACCAGGACUUUUUCCAGAAGUGUCAGAAGGAUCCCUUAUUCCACCAGUUUAUUAUUCUGGUGUCGGUUGAAGGUUUAGAGAACAAAUAUAGUCUGGAGCUAAACAGAGACUGGAAGGUUCUGAAGAACAGGAAGUUCCUCGGUUCUGUUAAUGAUCAGAACAUUAGGACAAAGAGCAGACCAGUGAUCCAAGAGCUGCAGUCUGAGGAGAGCUCCACUGCUAACUCUAAAAGGCCAGAGUUCACAAUGUUUGUGGAUCCACCUGUGGGGCAGCCUGAGUACCUCAUUUCAGAGAUAAAGUUAGUUGGAGUGACAUCAUCUCACUCCUUGGUUCUAGAUGUUGGAGAGGAUCGGCUGGUAUUGACUGCUCUUCAGGCACGCUACCAUCUUGACAUUUUCCACCCGUUCCUCAUCGACCAGGAGAACACUGUAGCGCAGUACAACAAAAGAACACAGUCCCUGAGAGAUUAAUUGCAUUUAUGUGAAUAAUGAUUCUUACUGUCACUAUGCCUGUGGUGUCAUCUUCCUAAAGCUACUAAUGUUAUGUACCAAAUAUUUAUUUUAUUUUACAAAUGUGAUAAUAAAAUCCCUUUGUAAAUAAUA